AUGCUCUCACGUGCUGCUGCUGUGAAGGCACCCCGCACAGACUACCGUCGCCGCGUGACCGGAUCCAGCGGAAGGAGGAGGGAAGGAAGAGAGAGUGAGCCGCAGAGGCCCAACAUGUCCCGGCGCGUGUUUAAUUUCGGGGUGCUGCUCCUCCUUUUCGUGUUGAUGUGCUGUGACGUUGGAGCUGCAUACGCUGGGGAGGGUAAUUUAAGGGAUACAGUUGAUGCUUUACUGGGGAUUAAGUGGGAUAAGCUUGACAAUUGGGAGGAGGUUAACGGAGACGGCAGGGAAAUCACCUCGCUCCGCGUUCCUGGCCUCGUUAAAGUGGGUGAUGAUGUAUUUGCCGUUGCUGAAGCGCAGUGCGGGGAAAGGAAUGGAGCCGGCAUCUGUGCUGGGAUUGUGUCAAAGCACCUGGAUAUAAAGGGUGACCCAAUGGAUAUUUCUAUGUUGGAUAUAAGUUUGUCUUGCAUGCAACUUGUGGGCACUGCCGAUAAUAAUUUUGGUACAACAGAAGUGUUGCGACCAACGACACUUGUGCUUGGGGACAGUGUUUACAUGCUCCUGGGAAACUACAGCCGUACAAAGCCGCCGGUUGAAGGUACGAAUGAGCGGGGCCUUUUACUCGUGAAGGGAACUGUCUCUGGUGAGGGUGGGAAGAAGAAAAUCAGAUGGAAUGAUACCCAUUUGGUGAAGCCUCAAGGGAGAGGAAAAUCUGGUUCCUUGACCGGGUUAAUUGGCGGCGGAGGAUCGGGUGUUGUGAUGCGUGACGGCACGCUUGUGUUUCCCAUGCAGGCCAAGGACAGUAAUGGAACGAGCGUUUUACUCUCUAUGCGUUUUGACCCGUCAGACAAAAAAUGGUGGCUUCCGCAAAUAACGCCUGGUAAGGGCUGCAGGGAUCCAACCCUGGUGAAGUGGGAGGAAGACGAAUACGGCGAAAGACUCUUCAUGAUGGCCCAUUGUGAUGGAGGCUACUAUGACGUUCACAAGUCCAUUUUGGAUGGAGGCAAUUGGAAUGGUCACGUAAAACCAAUUACCCGCGUGUGGGGCAACUCACACAAUCGAUCAGGGCACGGUGUCCAGAGUGGGUUCACCACCGCAAUCAUUGAGGAAAAGAAGGUGAUGCUCAUCACUGCGCCGGUGUAUGCGAAGGACAAUGAAAAAGGUCGGCUCCAUCUUUGGGUGACGGACAAGGCACGUGUGUAUGAUGUUGGGCCGGUAUCUCGUAAAGAAGAUGACGCCGCCGCCAGCUCGCUGUUGAUAAAAGAUAAUAAUAGUGAGUUGAUUUCACUGUACGAGAACAAGAAGAGCGACGGAGCAUACAAUCUUGUCGCCGUGAGCCUGACCGAGAAACUGGAGCGGAUAAAGGAAGUGGUGAAGACAUGGAAGGAUUUGGACAGCGCCUUGAAAACAUGCCGUUCCGGUUCAAGUGGCACCGUUGACGCGCGCAAAAAGCGUAUGUGCAAAGGUCGUGUUCCCACUGAUGGGCUUGUUGGCUUCUUGUCUGGUAACUUCUCUGAUAACACAUGGAAGGACGAGUACCUCGGCGUGAAUGCAACAGUGACGAAUGGGGAGAAAAGGGUUCUCAAUGGAUGGACGUUCAAAGGGUCCGGAGCAGGUGCGGUGUGGCCUGUUGGCGACAUGGGGCAGACUGUGCCGUACUACUUUGCGAACAACAAGUUCACUCUUGUGGCGACGGUGUCCAUCCACGAGGUGCCGCAAAGUGACAGAAGCCCCGUUCCUUUGAUUGGCGUGAGGAUGAAUGACACCAAAGGCACGGUCCUUUUUGGUCUGUCGUACACCCAUGACAAGACGUGGCUGGCCAUAGCGGAGGAUGCUGGUGAUCCGGAGGAUGCUGGUGAUCUGGAGGAUUUUGAUGAAGCGGAGGAUUUUGAUAUUGUUAAAUGGGAAACAAACAAGACGUAUCAGGUGGUACUGAAAAUGAAUUAUGAUAAAUGGACUGUAGUUGUGGAUAAGGAUGAAAUCCACAAUAUGAGAUAUGAUGAAAACCUGUUCAACUCACGCAGGAUCUCACACUUCUACAUCGGUGGGGACAGUAAGUACCAAAGUGCAACGGGCGGUCAUGUGACGGUGACUAACGUCAUGCUGUACAACGAGGAACUGUUCGGAAACGAUCUGCGCAAACUCCAUGCCAGCAAAGUCACUAUUCCAUCACUGGGUGCUGAGGAACAGUCCACAGAACAGGUGUCCAGCACAGACGACUCGGUUGCUUCCGAGUCAUGGAGUGAAGAAAGCGUCAGCUAUGAGGAAUUCACUGAGGAUGAUACUGAUGAAGAAGAGGAAGAAAGCGCCGAUGUUGUGGUGCCUGCACCGUCCUCUUCCAAGGUUGACGCGGGAUCAUCUGUUCCUGAAUCCGCCACUGCAGCAGAGAGCGCAGGGGCUUCUCAUCAAGAGGACAAUACCCAGCUUUCCGAAGGCGAAACGUUUCAGCAAUCCACGCCGAAUGAAGACAAUGGAUCGAUGCAACGGGAUUCGGGGGUGCAGACACAAGACCCACAGCCAGAGGAAUUAACGGAGGUCGCUGAUGUUAAAGGACCCUCUGAAAGUAAUGAUACACCACAGCCAGAGGAGGAGGAAGAAGCAAAUGACAUGAGUGACGGAACAACGUCUCCACUGACUGCGUCGUUGAGUAUGGAAACGGUCACUGCACCAGCUGACGGCGAGCACCAAUUGCAACAAAAAGUUGAGCUUUCCAAUGAAAACAACGACGUGCGGUCCACUGGAACCGGAAAUACCGGCGCGGAGCAAAGCCUCAGCCUCGAGGCGGGGGACGGAAAUUCCGAGAGAACAAUGGGCUCAGACAGCAGCCUCACUCCUUCAGAGAGUGACGCCGAAACAACAUCCGCGGGGAACACUGACGACGUCUUUCGGACUAAAGGAGCCGAAGUUUCUUCUGAAAACGGCAAUGAGGUGCCACAGACAGUCGAAACCGCACCGGGCAACACAAACACCACGCCUGGGGAAACCGCGAUCCCGUCGGAGUCCAACGCAACAACACCCUCGGACACUGAAAUUUUGCUUGAGAACGGGCAUUACAGCGAGUUGGCGGGCAUGUAUCUAAUUGCUGAGAGCACAGUGCAUGUGUGUGUGUCUCGGGUGUUGUUGCUGCUUCUGGGGCUGUGGGGCACCGCGGCUCUCUGCUGA